AAAGAUGAAGUUUCUAACAGCAUUGAUAGCUCUUCAGUUUUGUUAUGCAGGGUUUCAUAUUGUUACUAGAUUUGCAUUAGACAUGGGUGUUAGCAAAAUUGUUUACCCUGUCUACAGAAACAUUAUUGCUCUCGCUUUGUUAUCUCCCUUUGCUUAUUUUCUAGAAAAGAAGGAAAGACCACCAAUCACUUUUCAUUUCCUAGCCCAAUGCUUCCUGCUUGCAUUAUGUGGGAUUACUGCUAAUCAAGGAUUCUACAUACUGGGAUUAUAUUAUGCAUCACCAACAUUUGCAUCUGCAAUGCAAAACUCAGUUCCUGCAAUAACUUUUGUAAUGGCUGCAGCUCUAAGGUAUUUACUUUACUAUUAUAAUAACCCUCCAAUGAAUACUUACUCCUUUUCCGCUUGUGUCUCUAGACUAGAGAAUGUAAGCAUAGCAAGAAGAGAUGGAAUAGCAAAGAUAUUGGGAACAAUAGCAAGUGUAGGAGGAGCCAUGGUCAUUACUUUGUACAAAGGACCUGCUCUUUUGCACUCAACAUUAUCACCAUUUACAGCUUCAUCACCAGUUGACAAUCAAAACAUAGUGGAUUUGUCAUAUCAGAAUAAGCAACAAAAUUGGACAUUGGGCUGCCUUUUCCUGGUUGGUCAUUGCUUCUCUUGGGCUGCUUGGAUGGUUUUUCAGGCUCCAGUACUGAAAAAGUAUCCAGCAAAACUUACAGUGACUUCGUUUACAUGUUUCUUUGGGUUGUUACAAUUCUUGGUCAUAGCAGCUUUUGCUGAGACAGACAUUGAAAAGUGGAAAUUUCAAUCUACUGGAGAGCUUCUAACCAUCCUUUAUGCUGGAGUGGUGGCAUCAGGACUGGUGCUUUCAAUUCAAACAUGGUGCAUUCAUAAAGGGGGACCUGUUUCUGUUGCUGUGUUCCAACCAUUACAGACAGUCUUAGUGGCUAUAAUGGCUGCCCUUGUACUUGGUGAUCAAUUAUAUUCUGGAGGGAUAAUUGGAGCAAUCUUCAUUAAGAUUGGUUUAUGGCUAGUUUUGUGGGGAAAGAAAGAGGAGAAGAGAUGGGAGAAUAGUACUGAGAAUGACAAUGAUAUAACAAAAACUCUUCUGGAUGAAGAAAGUAGGGGAAAGAUGGAGAAUCCAACAGCAAUUUCCUGUGAAACUAAGUGAUGAAAUGUAUUUUCUCCGUCGUUCAAAAAUUGCUGCUUUCAGUCACUAAUUUGCGGGACAA